AUGGCCGACCUAGAAACUAAAGAGUCCCAGGGGGUAGCCUCGAGCGGCGCUCCCCGCCCAGAGUUCCCCGCCGGCGUGCCUGGCAAGUUCGACCCCGACGGCAAGGUGCAGCCCUUCCCAGGCAACACCAUCCUCUGCCACCUCUCGCCGUCAAGCGAACUCUACGACUCGCUGCUGGUCCUGUACGUCAAGCUGCAGCACAGCCCGUUCGCGGGACUAAUGACGCUGCUCCCGCCACCGAGCUGGCACAUGACGGUGUUCGAGGGCGUCUGCGACCAGGUGCGCAAGCCGGGCUUCUGGCCGUCGGACCUGGCUCUGGACUCGACGCUUGCCGAGUGCGACGCGCUGUUUGAGCGCAAGCUGCGGCCCCUGGAGCUACCCAGCGGCGCCAACGCGCCGCCGCCGUACUGCGUCCAGGUGGCCGGGGUCGACCCGCUCGAGGUCGGCAUCGGGCUCACCCUGCGGCCGCAGGACGGGGAGGAGGAGGCCAGGAUCAGGGGGCUGAGGGACCGCCUGUCGGGGCUGCUGAUGAUCCGGCACCCGGGACACGAGGGGUACGGGAUGCACCUGAGCGUGGCGUACCUUUUGCGGCACCUGACGGCCGAUCAGGAGAGGGAGCUGAGGGCGCUCGUGCAAUCGCACUUCAACGAGCUGCCGGUCGAGUUCGAGCUUGGGCCGCCCGAGUUCUGCAGGUUCAAGGACAUGUUUGCUUUUGAGCGUGUGAUGUACCUCUCGGACCAAGCCGGCAGCUGAGAAGCCUUGGGCUGGACUGGUCGGUCCUUGGUGUGGUUUUCUUAGCAGUUAGCCAGACAGUGAGAGUCGAGGCCAACACCCCAAGAAUGAACCAUCUCUCGGCUGCGCGGCAGAGUUUACCG